AUGAGAACCUUCGCUAUUUUCGCUACUGUCCUCGCCGCUGGCUCGGCUGUCUUCGCUGCCCCUGCUGCCCUUGCUGAGAAGCGUGAGAACAACUUCGGCGGUGUUGCCGGCCCUCUCGGCGGCCUCCUCGGUGGUAGCCCCGCCGCUGGACUUGGUGGCUCGGGCCAGAAUGCCGUCGCUGAUCUCUUCAAGGUCGGUGACGAGAUCCUGAACAUUCCCGGUGAUGCUAUCCGCAAGAUCCUCGAGGGCAACCCUAUCGGUGCCGGCACCGGUCUUCUCCAAGAUAUUGUCAAGGCCGGCAGUGACAUCCCCAAGGAUGCCAUGGGCCUCGUCACUCCUCUUACCAACUCUGGUUCUUGCUUUUCCUUGACGGGAACACUUUUUGAACAGUUCUGUUCCGGUUGCGUGCAAACGGUCACAUAUGGCGCCAACUACCCCGAGAUUGCUGUCGAUGUCCUUUGA